AUGGAAGGAAAGAUCCCGACGGCGACUGCGUUAAGGAACAGAGGUCUGAAUAUACCUGAUGUUACCUGCAAGAUAUGCGGGGCGGCAGAGGAAACGGCGGACCAUGUUCUCAUUCAAUGCAAUUUCGCUAAAAGAAUUUGGGACAAGAUUGUAAAUUGGAUCGGCAUUCCAAUGGUAAACCUGGAAGGAAGCAUAAAAGACUUACUUCAAGAAUUGUUUGGAUUACAAAGGAACAAAAAGGUAAGGAAAGCGACACACGCAAUAGCUAUUCAAACAAUGUGGAUAUUAUGGAAGAAUAGGAAUGGAAAAGUAUUUUCAAACAAACACGGUCCGGCACAAUUAAUAACAGAGGAGAUCAAAGAAGCUUCGUAUAAAAGUUUGAGGGUGAGAUCAAAGUAUACUUCGGUUACACGUCAAGAAUGGUGGGAUUUUAAUGUAGUUUUGUAA